AUGACCACCAGCAACACACAACGCUUGGAGACUCUUGCUUCGCAAAUCAGCCCUCUCCCUGCAAAUCCUCCAGCAUUGAAGCCCCAUAUCUUGGAUUUGUUCAGCUUGAGGGGCAAGGUUGCCUCCAUCACUGGCUCCUCCAGUGGCAUUGGCUACUGCAUUGCUGAGUCCUUUGCCCAAGCUGGUGCAGACGUUGCAAUUUGGUAUAACAGCUCUCCAGCCGCUGUCGAAAAGGCCUCCAGACUCUCCAAGUUAUACAACGUCAAGUGCAGGGCUUAUAAGUGUCCCAUCAACGACUCUGCUUUGGUCAGCCAAACCAUUCAACAGCAGUUGCAAGACUUUGGAGGCAAAAUCGACAUCUUUGUUGCUAACGCUGGCGUCGCCUGGACUCAAGGUCCUUUGAUCGAUGUUAACAGCGACGACCCAUGGCACAACCUCAUCGACUUGGACUUGAAUGGCGUCUACUACUGUGCAAAAGCCAUUGGCAGAAUCUUCCAACAACAGCACUCUGGCUCCUUGAUCAUAACCUCCUCCAUUUCUGCUCACAUCGUCAACAUCCCCCAGAAACAGGCCUGCUACAAUGCUGCAAAGGCUGCUGUCUUGCAUUUGGCAAAGUCUUUGGCUGUCGAAUGGGCUGCUUUCAACGCAAGAGUUAACACUGUCUCUCCUGGCUAUAUCCAAACAGAAAUCACUGAUUUUGCUUCCACAGACUUGAAACAAAAAUGGUGGACCUACAUUCCUGCUGGAAGAGAAGGUUUGCCAAAGGAACUAGCUGGUGCCUAUCUCUACUUGGCUUCUGAUGCAAGCACCUACACAACAGGCUCUGACAUAAUAGUCGAUGGUGGUUACUGCUGUACUUGA